AAAACGCCUUUAAGUUGAAGUCAAACACGCUACUCGUUCAAGCGUUUUCAUGAACAAAUAUUUUCUCUGUAAAACGACGCCGCAACCAAGUUUGCAGGUUGCGAACAAAACCUCGGCGGCGGUGGUGGUGGUGGGUUUUAGGUGAUAGGGAAGCUCUGUGUCUCUGACCCACUGAGAUCACUGAGAAACUUCUCAGCUUCAGCCAUUGUUGGAAAUCUCAGUGCUUGAAAAAACCAGAAGCGCAAAAGGGAAAAAAUAUGGUGGUAGAGAGCUAUGUGGUGGUGCACAACAUAGCCAAGAGACACAACGUCGGGACAAUGGCCCGGAGCGCCUCGGCUUUCGGGGUGUCGGAGUUAAUAUUGGUGGGUCGCAGGGAUUUCAACGCCUUUGGAAGCCAUGGCUCUACCUCCCACCUUCGCUUCCGACACUUCCACUCUCUCCAAGAAGCCCGAAUCUUCCUCAAGGAAAGAGAUUGUGAUAUAUGCGGUGUAGAGAUCACGGAUGGUGCUGAGGCAGUGAAUCAGCAUCCUUUUAAGAGGAGCACAGCCUUUCUUCUAGGCAACGAGGGAACAGGCCUUUCUGCUAAAGAAUGUGAGAUUUGUGACUUCUUUGUGUAUAUUCCACAAUACGGGGGUGGUACUGCCUCAUUGAAUGUUACUGUGGCAGCUUCUAUUGUUCUACAUCAGUUUGGAGUUUGGGCAGGUUUUCCUGAGAGAAGCCGUGAUGGAAACAAGUUUGUUGUGGCUGAGAAGCCUGUUAAACAAGCAAGACGAAAUUUCUGCUCAGAAAACGCAGAUUCUAUUAUCGAAGAGCGAAAAUCAAGAAGGGAGAGUGCUUCUAAUGGUUUCUUUGAUGAGAAUGGAAACGAAAAUUCAUCUUCUAACCUUCUGGAUGCAUUGUUUGAUGAUGUAAAGACAUGAUUUAUUCAACAUCAUACAACAUGGAUUAGAUUGCAGUUCUACAUUCCUUAAUUGUUGUAAAGGGGGAAACAAACAGCUUAUGCAUAAGCUGCAACUGGAGAAAAUUCGAAUUACAAGAAAGGCCGUUUUGUCAACCCGAAAAGAGUUGGUUGUUUAGGGACGUGAUACAAAUUACUUCAAUUCAUUGUGCAACUUAGCAAAUUUAUGAUAUGUAAUGUUUUUUGUUAUUUUGGUUAGCAUUUCGAUUAAAAGUGCUUGUAAGGAUCACUUUAUUGUAUCAUUUUUGUUCCUGAUAAUGAAUCAGAUUAUCGAUAAUUAAGCUCA